AUGACUUUAUUCAAAACAAAAAAGCAAUAUCAAUAUAAACCAUUUCAACGUUCGUCAUUACUUACACGUUUUAAAUCUAAAUAUCGUUUAAAAUCUGAAUAUUGGCCAUUAGAAAAACCACAACCAAAAUUUCGUUCACGAUCUUUGUUUUCUAAUCUUCAUCGAACAUACCGUUCAUUAUGUUUAAGUGUAACAUUUAUUGUUCGUUUAUUUAUAAUUAUUGAUCGUAUAACACGAAAAAUCUUAAGAUUUAUUGAAACAUUAAUUCGAAUUAUUCAUACUGUUCACGGAUGGAUACAAAUGUUAAGAUCAAUAUUUUCUGCUAUUCAUCUUAUAAUUGCACGUUUAAUGAAUUUAACAUUUAAAAUUUAUCAAAUAUUUUAUUUAUUAUCAAUUUUAUUCGAACCAUUUACAAAUCGAACAUUUGAAAAGACUGUAAGUUCAUUUUCAAAUUUUUUCUAUAAAUAUUAUUCAUCAAAUGGAGGUUGUUAUACGUUAAAAGCUCGUACAUAUCAUAUUAUAAAUGGAAUAAGAAUGAGAUGGAAGAAACCGAAUGUAAUAACAUGUGAUGAAGAUAUUUAUUAUGAUGCUCUUAAUGAAGAAUAUCAAUGA